UGUAUCCGAUCUGUACGAAGCAUUACAUUCAAAAGAACUUUCCAAACAGAUAGUCAUUUGCAUCGCCUGCUAUGAAAAACAUAAAGCAAAACUAAAAUGCGUUUCUCGUUCACUCUCUCGUACUUCAAGCAUAUUAAGCAUGGAACUCGAGACAGAUUCAUCGUUACUGACAACUUCUGUUUCAACUCACGAUGUUUCCACAGACUGCUCGUUGAUGGUUGACGACUCUAUAUCACUUCCUAUCAUCGUUCCACCAUGCUCUGGAAAGUACUGUUCUAUCUGCCGCCGAUCAAAUCUUUUGGGAAAAUGUACGAUGAUAACAGAUACCAUUCGAAUCCACUCGUUCGUCGCUCAUAAUAUUUAUUUUAAACAAAAUAGUCGAUCUUGCCCAAAGCAUAUUGAAAAUGGAAUUUUGAAGACAUUGGCGAUAGAGAGAAUAAAGGAGAAGGAAUCGUCGUUGAAGAAAGUGUCUUCGGAAGAAAUAAUGGGAAUCUUUAAUGUAUUACAGAAUGAAUUGAAAAAACAGUUAACAAUGAAAUAUAUCCCUCUACCACCUCUCGAUUUCAACGAUCAUUUUCGACACACUGAUGCUGAAUAUUAUAUGCUAGCUGGCAUUAAUAAAGUCAAUUUCGAACAUCUAUGCGCAACAGUGAAUAUGAGAAAUACUGAUAAUCGCUCUCUCUCGAUGGCUGUUGGUUGUCUGUUAGUUAAGCUUCGGUUGGGAGAGCCGAAUACAGUCCUUGCGACAUUGUUCUCAUUUUCAGACAAACGCACCGUGGGUCAUAUUUUAGACAGAGCUCGAAUUGCACUAUUACGUGAUUUUGUGCCCGAUAAUUUGGGAUUUCAACAUAUUACUCGUGACCAAGUCAUCAACGAACACACUCGUUCAUUAGUUAAACAGCUUUUAUGUGAUGAUCAUGCUGUCGAUGAAAACAUUUUUACGGAACCGACAGAAACUAAUGCUGAGUUUGUGUCAGAUACAGAAACAAAUCCUGCAUUCAUCAAUAAGACUACCAAUGAUAGGUCAUCAAACAAAGUGCGAUCUUACAAAGAUUCCUUCAAAAAUCUGGAACAAAUUUUUGUUGAAGCAUUAUUGCACACAGUUAUUGAUUUAAAGUCAUUUCUGCUAGAGCCAGAACUGUGCAGCAAACAUGUUUAUAAUCUUACUAAAGAUCCGAACGCUUUUGUUCAACAAGUCGUUAAUGAUAUAGAAAUCUUUCAGUUCUUUACAAAAGCAUCUGUCUAUUCCCAGUUUAAUGAGCAAUAUCAAAUUGAACUGAAAAAAAUGAAUAAAUAUAACGAUGAUUAUAACAUGUUAUUCCACAUUGAUACAAUCAAAUGGUUUGAACAUCAUUUGAAACGGAACAGAAAUAAAGCAAUUCGUUUGGCAGGUGAAUAUAUAUCAAAAAUACAAAAUUUAAAUACAAGUGAAUUUAAUUUAUCAGCUGUUAAAGUAAAGACUAAGUCAUUAUGGUGUCGAAAUGAAAUGAAGUAUGGUUAUUGUUCAGAAAGACUUAGAUGUGGCUAUCAACAUAGGAAGCUGUGGUGUUUUGACGAAUAUACAUCAGGUGAAUGUAAAGUAAAUAUAUCGUGUAUACCUGAACAUUUCAACAAUUUUAUGCAUACACUCAAAGGACAAGAACGUUAUGACAAAACUUAUCCUAGAACUUACCAAUGUCAUGCUUUUGUGAAUAAGGAAGGUCAGCAUUGUGCAUUUCAUGUUGAUCAGUCAAAAUGGAUUUAUGCCGAUCAAAUCAAUAAAUUAUUGUACAUAGUGGGAGCAAGAAGCAAUCAAACCCCUGUAGCAACAUUAAAUCCCGUUGAACAUUGCACAAAUGAAGAUUUUAGUACAAAUCCUCAGGCAUGGUAUGCGAUCGUACAAUUCGUAGAAUAUAUGAAAACAAAAUUAAGAAUGACGAUUUCUCCAUUCAUGGCAUCAUGCUUUUAG